AUGCAAGAGAUUUUAGGACGAUUACCAUCUGAUUUAUUUCAUGUAAAAUACUUUGGAGAUGACAUGAUUUUAAACCAACCAGUGGAGACUUGGCCUCAUUGUGAUGCACUCAUUGCCUUCUUUUCUCAUGGUUUUCCACUACAAAAAGCACAGGAUUAUGUUGCAUUACGUCAUCCUGUAGUGGUAAAUGAUUUGGAUACACAAUAUCUGUUACAGGAUCGUCGGGAGGUUUAUCGUGUAUUACAAGAGCAUGAUGUACCUACACCUCGUCAUGUAUUUGUUAAUCGAGAUGGUUAUGGAGGUAAGAAUGAUUUUCCUAACGUGAUUGAAGGAGAUGAUUAUAUUGAAGUAGACGGUAUUCGGAUUAACAAACCUUUUGUGGAAAAGCCGGUGGAUGGGGAGGAUCAUAAUAUUUACAUUUAUUACCCCAUGAGUGCCGGUGGAGGCUGUAAACGUCUAUUUCGUAAGAUAGGAAAUCGAUCAAGUGAGUAUGAUCCACAGAUUAAUACCGUGAGGGCGGGAGAAGGUUCCUAUGUUUACGAAGAAUUUCUAUCUACCCAGGGAACUGAUGUCAAGGUCUACACGGUCGGUCCACACUAUGCCCACGCUGAAGCUCGCAAAUCACCCGUGCUAGAUGGACGUGUGGUACGAGACUCUGACGGCAAAGAAGUGAGAUGCCCAGUCAUACUUUCGACAGAGGAGAAGCAAGUGGCCUAUCGAGUAUGUAGAGCUUUUAAACAGACUAUAUGUGGCUUUGAUAUCUUGCGCGUACGUGAUGCCUCGUACGUGUGUGAUGUGAACGGCUGGAGUUUUGUCAAGAAUUCCGAAAAGUACUAUGACGACUGUGGCAUUUUGCUGACACAAUAUCUACAGCAGGCGUUAGCUGGCGCAACAGAUGGUGAGGGUUUUGGCACGAACAGCUCUGCCUUCAGCUCGGUCACUUUUCGAUUUGCACCGAAUGCUCCACCGCCAAGUGCAGAGCUGUCGGAACCGCCAACAGCGCAAAGGCAUGCAAUGCUUCGCGGGCCAUUUACUUCUAUUGCCGAGUCCGAGCUGUCCGAAGUUGAUAGUAUAACGGAUGGAAAUGAAGACGAUCUGUACCAAGAGGAAGAGCUACGUUGUGUUCUAGCUGUAAUUCGACACGGUGACCGCACGCCUAAACAGAAAAUGAAGAUGAAUGUCUGUCAUCCGGCCUUCCUCCAAUUUUACGAGGAUCGUCUGCGUGAGGCUCAAGAGGAAGAUGGCGAUGGAAAUGACACAAAAAAGAAAAAGAAAACGGAUUUGAAGAUUAAGGCCGUAGCGAACCUUGAACGCUUGCUUCUGGUAAGCAAAGAUUUAUUACACAAAUACGAGACGCGUGAUCCGGCGUUCAUGGAUUUUUUGGAGCAUGGCGAAGACAAAUUUGGUGAGGACGCAACGGAUCGUGUGAAGGGGUAUAGGACCCUGCGAGACGUGUUACAGCGCUGGCAACUUGUUGGGAUCAAUCGCAAAGUACAGCUGAAGCCCAAAAGUUUCGUUGAUGUGGCCGUUUCAACUACGAAUGAAAAUGGAGAACCGCAGAAGAUACGCCGCGUCAGCAAAUUGCUGCUAAUUAUCAAAUGGGGAGGAGAUCUAACGCACACAGGUGAAGAACAAGCAGAACAUUUGGGUCAAAAAUUUCGGCGUAUGAUGUACCCAGGUGGCGCUGGGGGCUUGAAUCGUUUGCACUCAACGUACCGUCACGAUCUUAAAAUCUACACAAGCGACGAAGGACGUGUCCAAAAGACAGCAGCUUCGUUUGCAAAAGGACUGCUUGAACUCGAGGGCGACAUCAUUCCUAUCUUGGUAGGGCUUGUGCUGAAGUCUAAGGAUGCAGACUCGAUGCUGGACCAAUCUGGAUCCUCUGCACAAGAAAUUAUAAUGCGAGUGAAGCAGCGCCUGCACAAGAUCAUUCACCGUGAAGACAAUUGCAGUCAAUUAAUUGACUCGAACUCGCGGCUUAUUCGCUCUGUGGCUCUUGCACUUACACAGGUUGAUCAGCCCAUAGAGAAGAUGGGAGUUAUGCACAAAUUGCUUCACUCGCUGAAGGAGCAACUGACGCGAAUAAUUCAAGAGAAGGCGCAGUUCCGCACAGAGAUAAACAGGCAGCAGACAAAGGCUACCGACGACAAACUGGUCGCUCCCGCAAUUGGUCGAUCAGCGAGUGUGAAUGAGUUGAAUCAGUCCAGGUGUCGCCACGUGCACUCGUACGCCUUUCGAAAGAAACAUAGUGAAGGAAGCAACAUAUCAAGUGAUGCUGCUAACAGCAGUGUGGGGUUACUUAAAAUGCAGUCACAAGAACCGCUGCCUCCAGAGGAAGUGAAGUACCCUGAGCCAUGUGGACGUGAGACUAUGGAGGUGAUGCGUGAGCGUUGGGCGAAGCUGUACCGUGAUUUUUACGUAAAAAAGCGUGAUACGUAUGAUUUGUCAAAGAUCCCAGACAUCCACGAUUGUAUUCGAUAUGAUGCUGUUCACAACGCACACUUGAACUUGACAGACGUGCGCGAGCUUCUGGAGAUUUCAAGUGCGUUGUCUCACGCUCUUGUGCCGCAAGAAUACGGAAUCAAUAUGGACGAGAAGAUUUUCAUUGGGUCAGCUAUGUGCCGAACGCUACUAACGAAGAUCAACACUGACUUGGAUCUGGCCCGUGGCCUCAAACCCGACUUACUAAAAGACCAUAACACCCAUCGUCUGAAUCCGUCAUAUGCAAAAAAGGUCAAGUCAGCCCACCGUUCCGUGCGCACACGCUUGUACUUCACAAGCGAAUCGCACUUGCACUCGCUGCUAAAUGUUCUACGCUAUGGCCGGGAGGAAUGCACGGUGAAAAGCCCUAUUGGUGAAGAAUCCCGAAAGUGGAUUGAGGAUAUCCCCGAGCUUUGUUAUAUGACUCAUUUUGUCUUGCGCGUUUUUGAGCGCAUCCAGUAUUCGCUGGACGACCCUCAACGCUUUCGCGUCGAGAUCUCUUUGUCUCCUGGAGCUGUCCAAGACCCUUUAGUGUCUGAUCCGGAGAAACAGAUUCAGGUUGCGCCGCUGAAAAUCAUCUCACGCGAAGGCCUCACAUGCCAGGAACUCGUUGACUAUGUUGCAAACUGCAUUGAUUAUGCAGAGGAAAACGAGGUCAAGGAGAUGAUCAGUCGCACGAUAGCAAGCAAGGAUAACGACAGUGUAGAGAACACGGCUGAGGAUAGCAGCAGUGGGGAUGUCACACCCGUUAAGCGUUCUGUGUACUCGCUCAGCGGCAACAGCAGCGACAGCAAUUUUAGCAAUGACAACUGA